AUGUACCUCACCACCAUUGCCCUAACCGCCCUCGUCGCGCUCACCGCAGCAGAGGGACCAGUCCCAACUGUCGUACUGCAAAUGCGAAACGGGCUCACGGUCCUUAGCGGCUUACCAGGGAAUUGUCUCUCUUAUUCUGUGCAUCAACCUGUGGAAACUGUCAAGAUUAACACGCCUUGUCGGUUUUAUGAUGAGAUCCACUGUGCCGGGAAUGGAACGGAUUAUUCGCCUGAGACGGAGAUCCCUGUGGGGGCUGUGGGGGAGGUUGGCAGUGUGCAGUGCGGUGAGGAGGAGGCGGAGAAGGAGGACUACUAG